CGCUCAAUUCCAUAGUAAGAGGGAUAUUCGUCCCCGGACUAUGUGACGUUAUCUGUCUUAAUGGUAUUUAGAAAAUGGCAACCUCGUCGGUAAAGUCCGUGGUUGUUGCUGACCUUGCGCACUUGAACCCGCUUUUUCGGGUGCAAUGUGGACCAAGCUACGGCGGAAUUCACGUCAGUUUCUGCAGUCUCCGAAAGGACCGGAGCUACCGACGGCGUUGUAGGUGUCGCAUCAAUCUGUGUGGAGACAUAGGCUAGUAACCAUUUGGAUAAGAUCUUCAUUCCAACUGAGUUCGACAGCAGGCGCUUGCUCAAGGUUGCUCUAUGACUCACUCUCGUCGUCCACCUCGGCGACCUUACGUGUACAUUUCGUUGAACAUCUUGCAUCUGUUUGCUCAAGCGGGCUCAUCAUGCAUCCACUUCACUUGGUCAUCCUCUGUGCUUUCUUCCUACAACUCUUUGAAUGGCUCGGAUAUGGGGCUAUAGCUAGCAAGGUGUGGAACUGGUACGAUAACAUCUUCCGAAAAGCGGAAGCGAAAAAGAUCAAUAAGCUUAAACGUGAGGUAAUCGAUGUUCAGACGGAAUUGGGUCGAACGAGUGCACAGGACCAGUUCGCUAGAUGGGCAAAGUUGCGUAGGAGGCUCGAUAAAUUGAAGGCAGACUACGAGACGCAAGCGAAACAAGAGGCUUCUACGAAAACAUACUUUGAGCUGAAGAUAUCGUGGGGUCUUCGCUCCUUCAUCUGGGGAGCACAGUUUUUGCUUAUCUCAAUAUACCGAUCGACGCCGAUGUUUUACCCACCACAUGAUUGGCUGGGGCCCAUAUCUCCUCUCCUUGCACUACCUUUUGCGCCAAUGGGUUCUGUUAGCAUUCUGUGCUGGUUCUAUGCCUGCAAGUCGACCUUCAGAAGAUUAUUGACAUCAAUUGCAUAAACGCACACUGAACAACAACGCAAGGGAGGUAUUCGCAGGGCAAACGAAUACCAUAUCAUGUACAUAUCGAUAUUUUUAUGAUUACCACAAGUAAAUGGUUCUCAGUACAAUUGUCGACGUCAAAGAUACAAAUGUGCGGACUAUGUAUGAUCCGUUCCUCUAGA